UACUCUUUUCUACUUCAAAGGGUCGAUCUUUGACCGGAAGAUGUGACCUUCGAUCACGGGAAGGAUUAAAGACGCCCUCUUUGAUUCGAUCUUUGUUCCCGAGCACAUGUAAUCGGAUGUCUUUGUUCCUCUUUUGCUUUUUCUUUAUUGUUGAGUCGUUUGAUUUUUCGUCGAUUGGACUCUUGGCAUCGAGAGAGCGGAAAGGGGGGGGGGAGAGAUGAGUGUCUCGAUCUCGGUUAUGACUUUUAAUCUCCACGAAGGGGAUCAGCCUAGCGAUAGCCCCAAUUCGUGGGAGAAGCGGAAGGAUCUCUGCGUGAGUGUGAUCACCAGCUAUUCCCCUACCAUCCUUUGCACUCAGCAAGGCUUGAAAUGGCAGUUGGAGUUCUUGCAGCAGUGUCUGCCAGCAUAUGAACAAUUUGGUAUUUCAAGGAAAGGAUCUCAAGACACCUCAGAUGAAUAUUGCACAAUCUUCUAUGAUAAGGACAAGGUUGAGCUUCUUGAAGGUGGUACAUUCUGGUUGUCAGAAUCACCCUCUGUUCCAGGGAGCAUGUCAUGGGGAGCCACAGUGCCAUGCAUUGCUACUUGGGCGACUUUUCAACUCAAGAGAGUUGAGCCACCAGGAUUCAGCUUCCAAAUCGUGAAUACAAACCUGGAUGAAUUCAGUCCUCGUGCACGUAGACGAAGUGCCUUGCUCACCUGGCAACACAUAGCUUCUUUGCCACCAAACUUGCCUGUUGUAUAUUGUGGAGGAUUUAAUACUCAAAAGGAAUCAACUACAGGGCGGUUUUUGCUCGGGAGAUCCAGAGAGCAUGGAGUCGUGGGCGAUAUGAGAGAUGCUUGGCCAAAUGCUCGGGUUCGGAAAAAUAUCUCUCUAAUACGCACAUAUCAUGGGUUCAAAGGUGACAAACAAGGUGCUUUGGAAUUCCUAAAGCUGAUCUUUAGAGCUCUUUGCCUCUGCUGGGAUCGCCAGACUCAGGAUUUGCAUGUCGACUGGAUCCUGUUCCGAGGGCGGUCACUGGUUCCUGCAUCCUGUGAAGUCGUGAACGAUAACAUAGACAGCUUCUACCCAUCAUCUCACUAUCCCAUCUUCGUGGAGUUCAUGCUUCCACGCAACGUGCGGUUCGUCGAGACAUCAUAAAAAAAGAUUUGUCACUUUCAUUUCACGUUACGUGCUCUUUUGCCUUCUUUUUUUUCUUCUUUUCUGAAUCCAAACUUUAAGCUUGAAAGUUCACCCAGAACACCAGAGUUGUAUUGCCCCAUGGGCGAUCUACUUAUCUAAUGUAGGGUUCUGCUUGUUGUUUCCAUGCCCCCUCAAAUUAAGUGCCCUAAUAAUAAAAUGAUUAAACAUAGCUUAUUGUUUCUUUAA